ACUUCGGACGCAUGUCAGCAAUCCUCCCGACAUUUAUUGGAUCCCAUCAACGCAACCUGAGCGUAUAAAUAGAGAGAAGUGAGACACAGACGUCCCAAGAUCAGGAUCCCUGAGGUGUCUGCUUUUCUAGUCAUCAUGAGGGUCUUUUCAGUGAUCUUUGUUCUGGCAGCUCUGUCUGGCUGCCAUGCCAGGAGCAUUCCCUGGGAGGACACCCUGGAGAAGUUCAAGGAUUAUUUCACAGAUCUGAGCUCCAAGUCCGACGAGAUGUUGAAGGACAUCAGGAGCUCCCAGGUCACCAGAGAACUCGACACCCUGAUCCAGGACAGCAUGACUGAGCUGACCGUGUACAGAGAGGACAUUCAGACCAAGCUGGCUCCGUACACCCAGGAGGCCGCACAGCGUCUGGGCGAUGACCUGGAGUGGCUGGGCAAAAAACUCCGUGUCCACAUGGACGAGGGCCGGGAGCAGAUGGAGAAGUACAGCGUGGAGCUGCAGACCAUGAUGGAGCAGAACGCCGACGACGUCCGGGUCAGGGUCUCCGCCUACACCCGCAAGAUGAAGAAACGCCUCAACAAGGACGCACAGGAGAUCAAGAGUCAAGUUGCUGAAUACUUGGAGGAGCUCCAGUCCCGUACCUCAGAAAACGUGGAGCAGGUGCAGACCCGGUUCGAGCCUUAUUUCACUCAGGUGCGAGACAACACCCAGGCAAAGGUCACCACCCUGAACGACCUGCUGAUAUCACAGGUAGACAAAAUGGCGAUCAAGAUUCAGGACGCGGCCGACGACAUCAAGGACCGCUUCGAGAAUACAGCUGAAGACAUGAGGAUCAUCCUGGAGAAGAAGAUGGAGGAGGUGCGCAACUGGUUCCAGCCUUUUGUCACCAUGAUCACAGGAUAACCUGUCAUCAGAGAGUCCGGACUGACUGUUGAUGUACAUGUAAAGAGUUUAGAGGGAUUAAUAACUAAAAGGUAAUAAGCUACGAAAAGAGAAGUUUUUGUGUCAUGACAGAUGUUCACCACAGUCUACAAGUGUCGGCCAAUAAAAACCAGCUGCUUCAAACAUGAGUACACGAUCACUGGUCAUCAAUAAUGUGAUUAAACUGUUCACAUCUGUUA